GGACAAUCGCAGCUGACUCACUUCUGUAUUGAGCAGGCAACGGUGUUGCACUGAACGGAGAUCUCGGCCGGAACGAUGCAUCGGGGCCUCGUCUAUCAUCACGAGCAUGAGGAGAGAGUGGUGCCUCUGCGAAGCGUUGCCGUGAAGGUGUUGGUGCAGGGCUUCGUGGCCGACGUGGUGGCCUCCAUGAUCUACCACAACAAGGAGGCCUUCCCCGUCGAGCCCUCCUACUUUUUCCCGCUCAACGACGACUCGGCGGUGCACGCGUUCCGCGCCCGCGUCGGAGACCGAGAGAUCGUCGCGGCAGUAAAGGAAAAAUCGGAGGCCGACGAGGAGUACGAUGACGCCAUCGCCACGGGGCACAUGGCGGCCCAGCUGUCGCAGGAGUGCGGCGACGUCUUCCACUGCGUGCUGGGCAACCUCGGCGCCGGCGAAGAGGCGGAGCUGACGCUCGAGUUUGUGUCGGAGUUGGACGUGGGGCCAGAUGGCGCCGUUCGCUUCUGUCUGCCCACGGUGCUCAACCCCCGCUACUCGCCACACGGCUCGAGGAUCCCGUGGGAGUACCUGGCGCCCUCGCAGAACGUGCCAUACACGCUCUCCUUCACGCUCACGGCAGAGAAUCCUGGAGGAAUCCUCGACGUCUCCUCUCCCAGUGACCUCUUGGGGCCCGUGGCGUUCACCGAGCCUGGCAAAACCUCAGCCCAGGUGUCUCUGGAAGGAGACUUCAGGUUUGAUCACGACAUUGAGGUCCUGAUUAGCUAUGAGCAGAAAAAUCAACCUUUUGCACUCGUGGAGCCUGGCCUACCAGUGUCAGAGGUCUCAUUCUUGGCGGACACCGUGGCUAUGCUGAACUUCUCCCCGGGUAAUAUGGAGCAGACUGCAGUGCCAACCUCCGAGCAUGGGGAGUUCAUUUUUAUCAUCGACUGCUCAGGCAGUAUGAGGGGUCAGCCUAUCGCAAAUGCCAAGGAAACGUUGAUUCUGCUCAUAAAGGGUCUUCCCAUGGGUUGUUUAUUCAACAUCUACAGAUUUGGCACCCGAUACAUAUCCCUUUUUGGCGAGAGCACGCCGUACGACCAGCAGACAAUGGAGGCCGCUCUGGCACACGUGAAGGGCACGAACGCUGACAUGGGUGGGACAAAUAUCCUGGAGCCUCUGGCGGACAUCUACAGACAGCCCUGCAAGCCGGACCACCCCCGCAAGCUCUUCUUGCUGACUGAUGAGAUGGUUAUGGACACAGAAGGUGUUAUAAAAAAGGUGAAAAAUCACUCCAUGGACCACAGGUGCUUUGCGAUUGGGAUUGGACAAGGUUUAUCCACGCAGCUCAUUAAGGAGGUAGCACGUGUUGGAAACGGCCUGUCAGAGUUUGUCACAAGCUGUGACUGGCUUCAGGCAAAGGUGUUGAGGAUGCUCAAGUGCGCAAUGCAGCCAUUGCUGGGCAACCCCCAGCUGGAAUGGUCUCUCCCGCCUGGCGUCGCUGCUACUGUGGUGCCCACACUUCCCAAAAGCAUUUUCAUGGGACAGAAGAUGAUCGUCUACGCGCAGUUCACAGGGACACCUCCAGCGGCUCCGUGGCAGGGAGAAGCUCUUCUCAAGUACUCGCUGUGUGGGAAGCCGACUGAGAACCGCAUCGUGUUCACCUGCGAGCCUGAUGGCCGCAAGGAUCGGCUCGUGCUGCACUGGCUGCUGGCCAAGGCGCGCAUCUGCCACCCGAGGGCAGCCACCGGUCCCAGCGAUGACGCGAGACAGAGCUCCGUGGCGCUGAGCAUUGAGGCCGGAAUCGUGUCGCGCCACACCGCCUUUGUGGCUGUGGACAAUUCGUCCCGGCCACCCAUCGCUGAACCCAUGCAGGCCCGUCCCGUGCCACUGCCCCAUCCUAGGAACGCCAUGGUCUACCACGCUACCAGGGAUUUCAUGCCGGUUGACUUCUCUCAUCAUAGACAUGGGCCUUGGAUGGACUUUUUGGGCUACAAGGCCAAAGAUACCAGCCCAGACACAGGCUAUGACUCAGCGUCCUCCUCACAGGCUUCAUCUUCAACUUCAGAAACCUCCAGCGAGACGUCAUGGGCCUCACCUGGUUCAGGGCUCUACUUGAAACGUCGUGUGUCCUGCACACCAAGAAUCUCCAGUCUGUCCCUUGAAAAAAGAUACAGAAGAGGAUCCCAGGAAAUGUCACCGACCUCUCCUAGUUGGUGUAGUAUCACACGACCUGCCUGCACUCAGAUGGAUCAACUAGUCUAUUUGCAGCAGGCAGAAGGAUCGUGGAAGAGCUUGGAGCAGCUGGCGGCCGUGGUCCAAAUGCCAUUGGGAGACCUUCAGAGCGAGGCGCCAAAGGGCAUGGCGAGCGAGGUGUGGGCCACGGUGCUGGCGCUCGUUUGGCUGCAGUCUCAAGCUGCCGAGCAGAAACUCGAGUGGGAUCUGCUCGCCAGGAAAGCCUCGUUGUGGCUCAGCCAGCAAGGGAUCGACAAAAACGUCGCCGUCGAAGCUGCCAACAAAGUUCUCGGUUCGACCGUCAAGUCCUCUGACAUUUAACGGCUAAGCAUUGCACAUCGAAGUGAUUUGCAAAUUACAUGCCAGCCUUCAUGAGCAUGGGCACAUUCACGUAAAGUAAGAUCUUGUUACUGUGUGCUCUGCUUCGUUUGCCAAACUACAUAUUUAGUCUUUUCAAGUUAACUGAAAUAAAAACUUUCAAACGGGAUCUCACCUGAUUAAAUAAAGGGGUUUGCAUGCGAGGAUCCACCCUGCUGUUGUUAUUUUUUUUUAUGCCAAUGAUACACUUCUGCAAUAAUACCGAUGUCUUCUGGUUUGCAUUAGGGUCUGUUAUCUUUAGUGUGUCCUCGAAAUAACGUGAGCUGAAAUACCGCGUGCCACAAAAUUGGAUUUUUCAGUGGAUCCCAAUCAUUUUAAAAUGGCACCCCCAAUAUUCGAAGGGGGAACAGCAAGCCAACUAAUGCUGAUUUG